AUGAAGUUCAUGAAAGUGGGCCGUGUGGCCAUCAUCACCCGUGGCCGCUACGCCGGUAAGAAGGUCGUCAUUGUCCAGCCCGUUGAUGCUGGCUCCAAGUCGCACCCCUUCUCCUACGCCAUUGUUGCCGGUAUCGAGCGUUACCCCCUCAAGGUGACCCGUGGUAUGGGCAAGAAGCUUGUCGACCGCCGCAGCCGCAUCAAGCCUUUCAUCAAGGUCAUCAACUACAACCACUUGAUGCCCACCCGUUACACUCUCGAGCUUGAGGGUCUUAAGGGUACCAUCACCAACGACACCUUCAAGGAGGUCUCCCAGCGCGAGGACGCCAAGAAGACCAUCAAGAAGGCUCUUGAGGACCGUUACACCAGCGGAAAGAACCGUUGGUUCUUCACUGCCCUGCGUUUCUAA